AUGGACUCGUUCCAGGCAAUCUCUGCGGACGAGGAAACCCGCCGCCUCAUGGCAGAUAACAAGCGGAUGAAGAGGGAGCUAGCUACACUGAGAGCCGAGGUGACGGCUCUCCGAACGGCCUUUUCGGAGAGGGUAAAGCCUCCAGGAACUGGAUCUCCUGCCGACCCUCUGCAUGUUCCACAGGGUCUGCAAGAAAUAGUGGAGGACCUUCAGAGGAACCUCCUAGUCUCCCUGGGUGAAAUGAUAAACGUACGCCUAGGUGAGAUAGAGAAGCGCCUCCCACCGGAGCCAAUCCUGAGGCGGCAAAAAGACUCGCCCAGCGGCCACUGCGGCCGCCGCCGCUGCCACCAUCCCCAGGGUGCCUCCCACCGCAACGGCCCUCGAGCCUACCCCGGGUCCCUCCCCAGCGUGAAACGCGCCUGCCGGCCUUCGGCCCAAGUAGGCCAAGGCCCCCCGCGGAAGGCUGCUAGCGCCCCUCCUGGGGCGGACCCCGCCGCCCCCGCCGCUCCUGGCGAGACGACCGACCAGGCGGAAACGCCCUGGUUGCAAGUGGUUGGCCGCAAGGCCAAAAAGGCAGCUGCCGCCCCCCAACGGCACGCGCCUUUGGGGCCGCCUUGGUGGGGAUCAAAGCGGGACCCGUAA